UCACUGAUUGACUAGGAGACAAAGAAAUAAAUAAGGGUGAAACACACACAUAUCACAGCACAGGCGUGGUUUAAAAUUCUCUUUCUAGAUUCAGAGUCUCUGGUGAAUGCUAAAAGAAAGAAAACAGCACUUUACAUACUUCAAUCGUUCGCAUCAGCCUCUAAGAAGAGAGGUUACCGCAUGUUGGUGUGGAAAUGGAAGGAGAUAUAAGCCAAAAGCUUCUUAAAGAAAAAAAAGGAGCAGAAGUAACUGUUGCCGAUGAAGUUACACUAAAGGACAGGGUGUGGAGCGAGACAAAAAAGAUAUGGGUUGUGGCCGGUCCAGCUAUAUUCACUAGAUUUUCCACCUUUGGAAUCAAUGUCAUCAGUCAAGCCUUUGUUGGGCACAUUGGCCCUACAGAAUUAGCUGCCUACUCACUCGUGUAUACUGUGCUUUUGAGGUUCUCAAACGGUAUCCUGUUAGGCAUGGCUAGUGCACUGGAAACUCUCUGUGGGCAAGCUUAUGGUGCCAAACAAAACCACAUGCUUGGAGUAUAUCUUCAAAGAUCAUGGAUAGUUUUGUUCUUCUCCUCAAUAUUUAUUCUUCCAGUAUAUAUCUUCACAACCCCAAUUCUAAACAUUUUAGGCCAAGAUGAAAGAAUUGCAGAAGUGGGAGGGUACAUUGCGCACUGGUUAAUUGGGGUGAUGUUAUCCUUCAUUGUGUGUUUCACGUGUCAAGUGUUCCUACAAUCACAGAGCAAAAAUAUGAUUAUUGCUUACUUGGCAGCGUUUUCAAUUGCAAUCCACCUCUUGCUUUCAUGGCUUUUAACAGUGAAAUAUAAGUUUGGGCUUCCUGGUGCAUUGUCGUCCACAUUGUUGGCAUUUUGGAUUCCCAAUAUUGGUCAGCUUAUGUUUGUUAUGUGUGGAGGUUGUCGGGAAACAUGGAAGGGUUUCUCAUCAUUGGCUUUCAAGGAUCUUUGGCCUGUUGUCAAGCUUUCUAUGUCAUCUGGUGUGAUGCUCUGUCUUGAGCUCUGGUAUAAUACAGUGUUGAUUCUUUUAACUGGAAACAUGCAAAAUGCUGAGGUCUCCCUCGAUGCUCUAGCUAUUUGCAUUAACGUCAAUGGGUGGGAAUUGAUGAUAUCUCUGGGAUUCUUGGCUGCAGCGAGUGUUCGGGUAUCAAAUGAGCUAGGAAGAGGGAGUUCAAAAGCUGCAAAGUUCUCAAUUGUGAUGACAGUGCUCACAUCAUUUGUCAUUGGAUUCGUGCUAUUCCUAUUUUUCCUCUUCUUCAGAGGACGUCUUGCUUACAUAUUCACUGAAAGUGAGGAGGUGGCUAAAGCAGUUGCAAACUUGUCACCUUUGUUGGCUGUCUCUAUUCUAUUGAACAGUGUUCAACCUGUGCUCUCUGGAGUUGCUGUUGGAGCUGGCUGGCAAAGCAUUGUAGCAUAUGUCAACAUAGCCUGCUAUUACCUCGUAGGGAUUCCUGUUGGUGUUGUGCUUGGUUAUGUUCUUAACAUGGGAGUUAAAGGUGUUUGGAUUGGAAUGUUAUUCGGAACAUUUGUUCAAACUCUUGUACUUGUUAUUAUUACCUAUAAAACGGACUGGGAUGAACAGGUAAUUAUAGCUCGUAACCGCGUCACAAAGUGGGUUGUGAAAGAUGCUGAAGGACCAAAUCUUACGACAUCAAAUGCCUAACCUCAUGCUGCAUUCCUUCUCUUUUGUACCUUAAUUAAAAUACAAGAUUAAUUUAAUAUGAGGUUAUUUUAUUGAAAAAUCUUGUUAUGCACUCGUAAUUGCACAUUCCACACAUACUCCUUUUGAAUCAUGUUUUUAAAACAUGAUUUCAACCCAUAUGGCAGUGUGUGUACAGUAAGUAUGUAAUAAGAAGUGUAUGAUAAUCAUUAAUCUAUUUAUUUCUUAGACACCC